CGCAGAGGAAACACGAUGUGCAAGGAUACCAAAAGUCGCCCAAGUAUUUCUUCGCGGACCCAAUUUCAAGCCGCGUUGUGUGCGUGGUGUUGGAUAUCUGCUAUCUGCAUAUCCAUCGGCGAUGCAUCGAGCACUCAAGAACCGCGAAUGAUGGUGGCAGAGUUCAUCAGGGACUCGUACGGUCCUCGGAUUCAGGACGGAUCACUUAAAAACGAAUCUACACUCUUACUCAAGGAAAAAAUUGACUCGAACCUUCCGGCAACGAAAAAGAUCAGCUUGAUAAGGUACUACCUGCGCCCAAAGAUCCCGAAUGAACCGAUCGCCGUGGUGAUCGAUACCGCGGACAGGUUCUACGAGAACGUGAAACGCCUGUGGAGGCUUGUAAUGGACGGCAAUAAAGUCGAGGAAAAUUUACUGCUCUUCGCUUAUAACGAUACAGACUGCAGACUAGUGAGAACACUGGGUGACCACGAUGGGGAGGCUGCUGAAGCCUUGACCAGGAUUCCGAUGAGCACAUCAGGAUCGGAGAGUGCGGAAAGGAUGCUAGACUGCGUGAACUUCGCCUUGAAGAUGGUUCAGUCAGAUAGCUCGAUUUUCCUUUUUACUGGAAGAAAACUUGGGAACGGGAUGUUUCUAGAGAGUACGAUAACUGAAAUGAUCAACAAACGAUGCGAGUUCAACGGUAUCUGGUGCGCCAAUAAUCCAGGAAAAUCCGAAGAAGUCAACGUCUACGAGGCAAUUGCACACAGGACAAACGGCCACUUCUUUCAAUUCACGAAAUUCGACCUUGACCAACUGGUAACCACGCUUGGAACCGAAGCUUACCCUAAGGAUAGACUUCAGGGUUACACAGAGUCCAACGAUCUUGACCUCGACAAUAACGGGGCUAUUUUACCACCGGAGAUAACCAUGGGAUCCGCGGCCACAAGCCCGUGGACAUCGGUCCUUCGAUCAGCCGUGAUAGUUGACGAAAAGGCAGCGGAUGACGAGAGCGCGGAUCUGCUCUACGACCCGAGAAUUAAUGGUACAAAGACUCGAGUUUAUUCGGCAAGGAUGGCGACGGCCGAGGACAAGGCUGAGCCAAGGGAGGCUCUGGAGCUCGAGGACAUGAGACUGGCCUCGUUGACGGCAAUCGAACAGGCUACUCGCCUGGAAACGACCACCAUCGAGAUCACGGCUGAAACGAGUCUGGUGGGACGACCAGGCAGCGUAUCCAGGCUGAUAUUUCGGAUCACCAACAACUAUCCGCUGACUAUCCGGCAUUACUUCCAGGCGAAGAGCAACUCCUUGAACGUUAUCUACCUCCAGCCGAGAAAUUCCUGGAUCCAGUCUGGACAGUCUUUGAGCGUCGUAGCUGACGUUCUCGUUCCUUCGUCGGCGACGGAUUCGACAACUGGAACUGUAAGCUUGGUUGUCCAGGGGAUCGAUAGCGUCGAGAAAUCGGCUUACCUCUACGUCCGCCAGACCGGCUCUACGAUUUCAGAUACCAACAAACCCACGAUAACGCACACUUUCAACAACAACUGCGCCGGAAAGCUAGAAAGCGGUACCUGCGCCAACAGUCUUUGGAGCGUCAACGUCACCAUCCAGGAUAGCGACUCAGGUCUGCAACGGGUAACGUCGUCACCAAAUGGCAUUCGGGCGACAACGACCUUCAUCAGUGGGACCAAGUCGUCAACCAAGUUUCAAUACGCGGCAACCUGCUGCCAGACAAGCGUGGUCGUCACUGCUUACGACCUCUUGGGCAAUUCGAAUUCUCGGACGAUCGACGUAACCGCCUGGGACAACCUGUCCGAAAGCCAGAUCGCGGCCAUUGUACUUGGUGCGCUUUUACUACUGCUUAUCAUCGUCGCCAUCGUGCUCGUCAUUAUAUGUUGCAUCCGACGACGCAAGAAGAGUCAGGACCUACCAUAUACUCAGCGAUACGGAUCGAGACCACCUGCGCGUGCCGAAAGGACUAGUUUUUAAGAAGCUCCUUUUACAAUUAGAUAGAUAUCAUCCAAUACAUGUAUGCUAGCAUCUUUAAUGCUGUACAGAUCAUUGCCCAAUGAUUAGAACAAGAGAAAUGCAAAGAAGAGCCAAUAAAAUGCGAAAUGAAUGAUCUUAUAAAAGUGCAUUUAAUUAGCGGGUGUCGAUCUAGCGUAGUAUAAUCCGACAAAUUAGUCUGUGGUAUUGUACACUUAAUUUAUUCUGUCUAAAAUAAUAGAAAUGUCCCGGCAAAGACAGGUAUCGUAUGAUUUUAAUAGAACUUUUGACACUCAAUUUUCAUUUGUACGUUGAAAAUAAAUUAAAAAAAGUAAUUAUGUACACAC